UAACACGUAAUUUAAGGAGCGAACACCGAGACGAUCACCGUCGCUACCAGACACGUCUGGACCCUCCUUCAUACGUGGCGCAAUCUCACCGGUUACCGACAACUGACAAUUCCCUGCUAACGUGCGCCUCGUUUCGUCACUCUCCUCUUCGGCUCUUCCCCAUAUAAUAAGGACUGCGUUGUCUCCGAUUCCAGCUCAGAAUUUCUCAUCUUUCGCGAUAUUUCUAUGCAAAUCAAAUGUAUAUUUAUUAGCUCUCCUCUCUUUCCCUAUCGAGCGAAUUCAGCCGUUCCUCGUGAUUCGUGCUGUGUGCGAUAGUCUGGUUUAACUGUGUGAGCUGUUUCGAUUUUGGUUUGAGCUGAAUCAGUACAAUUAGGGGGGGAGUGUGUUAGUGGUGUUUUGCUGUUUACUUGAUUUACUGAACUGGGAGUGCGUUAGUUUCUAAAAUAGACGAUAUGAUUGUUUGAUUGGUUGAAAUUAACGAUCUGAUGAGACGCCGUCCUACAGCAAGCAUCCCUUCGGAGACGAUGGAGAAGGGAAGUACCAAAAAUCAGCAUUCUCGUCUCUGUUUCUUGGCUGCAUUAUCUGCAUUUUUCUGGAUUUUGUUGUUGUACUUCUAUUUUAUUGUUCUAGGAAGUAGUGCUGUUGAUGAAUCUGUUAAGGUAGGUCCCAAGCCCGUCAACAGCCAUUCCACUACUCCUGCUGGAGUAGAGCCUGGUCCUGUUUUCAUUCAAUCCAUCCCUGCCCCCUUGAACAAAAACCCUCCCAAGGCUUCCCAGAAAGUUGAGCAGAAAACUGUGGAAUACUCUUUUAUGAGAGCCUUGAGAACUAGAGAGAAUAAGAGUGAUCCUUGUGGAGGAAGGUACAUUUACGUGCACGAUCUGCCUCCAAGGUUUAAUGCAGACAUGCUCAAGGAGUGUAGGAGUUUGAGUCUUUGGACUAAUAUGUGUAACUUUACUACGAAUGCUGGGUUGGGACCUCCGCUGGAGAAUGAGGAAGGGGUGUUUUCUAAUACAGGGUGGUAUGCCACCAAUCAGUUUGCUGUAGAUGUGAUAUUCAGCAAUCGAAUGAAGCAGUAUGAGUGCCUGACUAAUGAUUCUUCAAUUGCUGCGGCUAUAUUUGUGCCAUUUUAUGCGGGUUUCGAUAUAGCUAGGUAUCUUUGGGGGCAUAAUAUAUCGACUAGAGAUGCAGCUUCCCUUGAUUUGGUUGAUUGGCUCAUGAAGAGGCCUGAGUGGCAUAUUAUGGGAGGCAAGGAUCAUUUUCUGGUAGCGGGGCGGAUAACAUGGGAUUUUAGGAGACUUUCAGAUGAAGAGACUGACUGGGGUAACAAGCUUUUGUUUCUGCCUGCUGGGAGGAAUAUGUCGAUGCUUGUGGUUGAGUCCAGCCCCUGGAAUGCCAAUGAUUUUGGCAUUCCAUAUCCUACUUACUUCCAUCCUGCAAGGGAUUCUGAUGUCUUCGUCUGGCAGGACAGGAUGAGGAAAUUAGAACGGAAGUGGCUGUUCUCUUUUGCUGGUGCCCCACGCCCUGGCAACCCCAAAUCUAUUCGAGGGAAGAUCAUUGAUCAGUGCAAAAGUUCGGAAGUGGGCAAGCUGUUGGAAUGUGAUUUUGGGGAGAGCAAGUGUCAUUCUCCAAGCAGUGUAAUGAAGAUGUUUCAAAGCUCCCUUUUCUGUCUACAGCCUCAAGGUGAUUCGUUUACACGGAGAUCUGCUUUUGACUCGAUGUUAGCAGGCUGUAUACCUGUCUUCUUCCAUCCAGGGUCUGCAUAUACACAGUACACUUGGCAUCUUCCAAAGAAUUACAGUAUAUAUUCAGUGUUUAUUCCAGAGGAUGACAUCCGUAAAAGAAAUGUAAGCAUAGAGGAGAGGCUUAGUCAAAUUUCUCCAGAGCAGGUGAAGAUCAUGAGGGAGCAGGUUAUUAGUCUCAUUCCGCGACUGAUAUAUGCAGAUCCUCGCUCAAAAUUGGAGACUCUUAAAGAUGCUUUUGAUGUUGCUGUUCAGGCAGUCAUUGACAAAGUUACAAGGUUGCGUAAGAACACUAUUGAAGGCCGCACAGAAUAUGACAAUUUUGUGGAGGAGAACAGUUGGAAAUAUGACUUACUAGAUGAAGGACAGCGAGAGGUGGGAGGUCAUGAGUGGGAUCCUUUCUUCUCGAAACCAAAAGAUGGCAGUGGUGAUUCUGGUGAGUCAUCUGCGGAAGCUGCUAAAAAUUCUUGGAAGAAUGAGCAGAGAAGUCAUGAAUAAAAAAGAAAUAUAGCAGUAGAGAUGUAGAAGAUAGUGGUUCAAAACGAAGACUGCUUGUGUUGAAGGAUGAAUCGCAGGUAUGAUCCUUCAUCAAGUUUGACAGGCCUAGAUCAAUGUUUAAAAUGAAACACAGAUGCAUAUUCUCCUGUUUCUGAUAUAGUUAUAUGGAAAUUUUCCUCGAAGUUUUUGCAUUAUGGCUUAUUUGUUACCAAUUCUUUGUAGUGUAUAUUAGCUUAGAUUUCAUCAUUUCCUCUACUUAAUGUUAUUGUCCAAUAAAUGGAUACGGGAGAUAAUGUAGAGCGAUUAAUAAAUAAUAGCUGUUUCUCAAUUUUU